AUGGGUGGAAAGGACAAACCCCACAUCAUCCUGGGCCAGGACAUUGAUUGGCCACCCUAUGCCUACCUGGGCGUCCCUCCUGAGAGUGACUUCGACGUGGCAGGCAUUGGCCACGACAUUGCCCACGGCUUCCCAGAUGAUUUGGAGGUGUUUUCAACGAUCUUUGAGAUCCGCUGGGCCGAUUGCUGGGACAACGGCGCCAUUGGCGCCGGCUUGGCCGCUGGAGAGGUCCACGGUUGCAUGACCUACACUCACACGCAUGGUGCCCGUACACGCUGGAUGGAGUUCUCCGAUGGCAUUUUGUCCAACAACAAGCCCGCAGGUUUGCUGGUUCGCCUGGAGAAUGGACAGCCUACGAUCACCGGCGCGUCGGAUUUGAAUGGGAAGAAGGUCGUGGAUGUGAUCGGCUGGGCCCCCACGGCCGACACGCUGGCCUUGGUGGAGAACAAGUGCAGCAAGAGCCGCUUCACUGGCUUCACCAUUGUUGCUCCCACCGUGAGCACAGGGAACGCCAACCAAGACGCACUGACGACACUGAUGAACGGUGAUGCAGAUGCGAUGUGGGUCUAUGCCGAUCAGGCCAAGAACUACCAGUGCACCGACGGCAUGACACCCAAUUGGGAUUGCACCAUGUGGGCCGGCUUCGGCACCACCUUCGCCUACAUCCAGACAGGUCUCUUUGGGCAUGCAAAGGGAGGCACCACAUUGGCAAUGUCCAAGAAGGGCUCGGGGCUGGCCUCCAUCCUGAAUCCGUGCCUUGCAAAGUUCAAGGAGACCAAGUCCUAUUACGACAUUUGCGUGAAGCAUGACGUGGUCUCCAGUUGCUUCCAGAACUCCCACUUCCCUGCCGGCGACAAUACAACCUUGGUCUACGAGAUGCCCACGGAUCAGCUGACCACUACAUGUGGCAAGGACAAGCCGAAGAUCAUCCUUGGCCAGGACGGCGACGGGGCCAAUGCCUAUUUGGGCGUUCCACCCGAGAGUGACUUCGACGUCGCAGGGAUCGGUCACGACAUCGCACACGGUUUGAAGGAGGUUUGUGACAUUGACAUCAUCACUGCAGAGAUGCGCUGGGGGGACUGCUGGGACAAUGGCGCCAUCGGCGCCGGUCUGGCGGCCGGCGAGGUCCACGGCUGCAUGACUUACACCCACACCCACGGCGCUCGUACACGUUGGAUGGAGUUCUCCGAUGGCAUUUUGUCCAACAACAAGCCCGCAGGCCUUAUUGUUCGCCUGGAUGCCAAUGGCAACCCGAUGUAUAACGGUGCCAGUGACCUGAACGGACUCAAAGUGGUGGACGUGGUGGGCUGGGCCCCAACAGCGGACACCCUGGCCUUGGUGGCUUGGCUUAGGGGCGAGACGGGUGCACAGAAGAUUGAAUUGCCCACGCAGGUGGAGAACAAGUGCACCAAGAGCCGCUUCACCGGCUUCACCAUUGUCAAUCCCACCGUGAGCACAGGGAACGCCAACCAAGACGCCCUGACGACACUGAUGAACGGCGAUGCAGAUGCGAUGUGGGUCUAUGCCGAUCAGGCCAAGAACUACCAGUGCACCGACGGCAUGACACCCAAUUGGGAUUGCACCAUGUGGGCCGGCUUCGGCACCACCUUCGCCUACAUCCAGACAGGUCUCUUUGGCCAUGCGAAGGGAGGCACCACUUUGGCCAUGUCUAAGAAAGGCUCUGGGCGACUUGGAACGAUGUGCUCUAGGAGGCCUUGA